AUGCUUUUGCUGCAGGGAAAUGAAAGUCAGCAAGCCAAGGGGCCACAGGAAGAAGAAGAAGAAGAGGAGGAGGUCAGAGUACUGACUCUACCUCUGCAAGCACACCAUGCCAUGGAGAAGAUGGAGGAAUUUGUAUAUAAGGUGUGGGAAGGACGGUGGAGAGUCAUUCCAUAUGAUGUACUUCCUGAUUGGCUUAAAGACAAUGACUAUCUUCUUCAUGGACACCGCCCCCCAAUGCCAUCAUUCCGUGCCUGCUUUAGGAGUAUUUUCCGAAUACACACUGAGACUGGAAACAUAUGGACCCAUUUAUUAGGUUUUUUGCUGUUCCUUUUCCUUGGGGUCCUGACUAUGCUUAGACCAAACAUGUACUUCAUGGCUCCUCUCCAAGAGAAAGUGGUCUUUGGAAUGUUUUUUCUCGGAGCUGUCUUAUGUCUAAGUUUCUCAUGGCUUUUUCACACAGUGUAUUGCCAUUCAGAAAAAGUGUCCCGUACCUUUUCAAAGCUUGAUUAUUCGGGGAUCGCGCUGUUGAUCAUGGGAAGUUUUGUACCCUGGCUGUACUACUCAUUUUAUUGCUCCCCCCAGCCACGGCUCAUAUAUUUGUCCAUCGUCUGCGUGCUAGGAAUCACAGCAAUUGUUGUAGCACAAUGGGACCGCUUUGCGACGCCAAAGCAUAGACCAACACGAGCAGGUGUGUUUCUUGGUCUUGGUCUGAGUGGCAUUGUUCCAACCCUCCACUUCACCAUUGCAGAGGGCUUUGUUAAAGCAACUACAGUGGGUCAGAUGGGCUGGUUCUUCUUAAUGGCUGUAAUGUACAUAACAGGAGCUGGGCUGUAUGCAGCAAGGAUUCCUGAACGUUUUUUCCCUGGCAAAUUUGAUAUAUGGUUCCAGUCUCACCAAAUCUUCCAUGUUCUAGUUGUGGCAGCUGCUUUUAUCCACUUCUAUGGAGUAUCCAAUUUGCAGGAAUUCCGUUAUGGGCUGGAGGGCGGUUGCACAGAUGAUUCCCUUCUGUAG